UGCUCAUCUUCUUCCAGUCACAGAUGCCACUGUAUGAACUCUGGAGUCAGAGAUGUACAUGUCGGAUGAUACAGGGUGUUGGUCAAAGGACACCAACCGUCACAUGUCUCAUUGACCGCACACAGGACAAGCAGGAAAUCGCCCACCGGCUUUCCCGUUCAUGUACCUUGCGGCGGCCGCGACUGCGAGGUCAGACCUUCCCACCUACACCCACAUGCUCCGGUUGGGUUACUUCCUCCUUUGCCUACUUAUCCACACUAUGCCAAGCCUCACGACCCCCAUUCGUCUCUUCUUGAUUCGUACAAGCUUCUUCCUCCUGUUCCGUCGAUCGAAGACGAAGCACGAUGUCCGAUACGGUGCAGUCGACGGCCGUCGUCGGUGGGCUGUCGCUGGCGACGACCACCGGGUUCAUGGUCGCAGCAGUGCUCGUCAUCUUCAUACUCUUGAUCUUUGUGUUCGUUCUGUACCUCAACGCCAAGCGGUGGAACGGCGCCAACCCAGUCUCCGGCCGCGGCCGCGCCCGCCUGGUCUUCGUCGCGGAGCCUGCCGCCGGCCCGCAGCAACGCGGCCUCGAUGCGGCCGUCAUCGAGGCGCUCCCGUCGGUGUCGUUCCGACCCGAGGACUUCGAGGAGGCCGUGGAGUGCGCCGUCUGCCUCUGCAAGCUGGCGGAAGGCGAGGCCACGCGCCUGCUGCCCAAAUGCAACCAUGCCUUCCACCGGGAGUGCAUCGACAUGUGGUUCUACUCCCACUCCACCUGUCCGCUCUGCCGGAGCCCGGUCGUGCUCCACGAGCCCGAGACCGCUGAUAACAGCACCGCAGCCAUUGCUUCCGAUGCGCGUGCGGGGGGGUCAUCGUCUCACUCCCCGGCGAAUUUGUCUCGGGCCAGUGUUGGAGGCUCGGGCUCUGCUUCAGUCUCUUCUGCAAGCAGGUUGGAGGGGGCAUUGGCGAUAGAGAUAACAAGGGGAGAAGUGGAUGGGUUCCAAGCUCCGAGUAGGCUCCCUGAGGAAGACCUCAGGUCGCCGACGGCAGCAGCGUUGAGAUCGCUGCGAAGGCUUCUGAGCUGCGGAAGCAGGAUGGCUGGUGAUGUCGAGCAGGGAUGUCUUCCGGUCCCCAAGCCGCCGCCGAGUUCAUGAAUGAGCUAAAAUGACGCAGAUGAAGAUUUAGCACAUGGAAUACAUCAGAUGAAUCGAAUCCUUGGUCAAGAAUGAACUUAAUGGUGGGCAGCUGCCUUCCAUGCCCAUCUUGCAGUGUUCCCUGGGAGGGAAUGGACUGUUGCCCACUGAAAGAGAGAUCUUUGUCAGUGGGCACCAAUUUGGG